CAUUAGCAUUGCUUCACUCAAGUGGGGAGAGUUUGAAGAAAUUUUUAUGUGGACUGAGAGUUCAAGACUGUUUUAUAAAUACACAAGCAACGUAUAUUAUACUGAAAAAACUGGAAAGAUACAGUCCGGAUGAGCGUGACAAAUGCAAGUGGUGUUAAAGUCGUGACAGAUUGGCCUCCUCAUAACUUACGAAUUUUACCUACAAGAAAUGUUUGCUGUACAAGAACAGCUUGUGACCGCUAUUGUUCAACAACCUCAAUGAAUCAGGGAAAAACAAAGACAUCAAAAAGCGCAACCAUACAACAACAGAAACGCACAAAGAAGAGCAAACACAGAACGAAACCGAAAAAACGAGAACGAACUCGUCAAGACAAUGUAAACAUCGCUUUUGGAAAACUACGUGACGUCUUACCCACCUAUCCGGCAGAUAAAAAACUUUCCAAAUGCCAAAUCUUAAGACUGGCUGUUAGAUACAUUACAUUGUUGAAUAAUGUUUUAGAAGAACUAGGUAGGCCAUCGUUAAAUAAUGUUCGUCAAGACGCAUGUUAACACUAGCUUUAUGAUUGAUGGACAGAUAAAAUACCGGAUAUGUGAAUUUACUGUUAAUACCGCGCUAAUAUCGAAACAUGUUGUCACCUUUGGUUGUCAACAUAAUUGUUGUUUUUGAUUAGCCACCUGCAGUAGAACUUUUGUACAAAUGCUUUUCUUUUUUCACAAUUUAUUGUACAUUUUAAUGCACGUUCUUUGUUUGCAAUUACGUAACUUUUCAUCCAAAUGACGGGCAAUCAAACAACAUGUGGACGAUUUUCUCCUAUCAGAAUGGUUGUAGCAAGAAAAACUUUUGAGACCUGAACUGUCUCUAAACUCGAUCAAUACAUUAAAAUAGCCGUUUUUGUUAUACCUGCCCGUUAAAACGAAAUCCCAAAAUUACGUCAUCGCAAACAAAGAAUUGGCAAUUCCUCUUCAAGCCUCCCAGGAACAUUUAUUUGUUUUCCAUAGAUGAUAGAUCAAACGCGAAUGAAUAUAUAUAUAAGCUUGUGAAUAGAUUCUUCCCUAGUAUGUUUACGCGUAUGAAUGAGACCAUGGCACUAAUGAGAUCGAGACUGACAAGACGUAACCGUUAACUUAAAUUGGAUCAAUUUGUCCAGUUCAAAUUAUUGUUGCGUAUGCUCUCACGCAACCUGGGAAUGUGACGUACUAUUAGUUGCAAUAUUUGAAAUAAAUCUGUAGAUCAACUUAUGCUAUACUGUGGCAUUGUCCUAUGCUGUAUGUGUAUAUAUUAGUAUGUGGUGCAUGACGGGAAGUAAUUUAAGUAACAACUGACUAGACAGGAUGUAUAAUCGGUAUAAUCCGGCAUGAUCCGCUUGAUGUACGAAGUGAGAUGCACACUCUGAUAAUUAUGAAAUUGCUUUCUCUCUU